GAUGCAAAGAUGGCGUCCUCCGUGGCUGUCUGCACUGCGCGUUUACUCAACUCUGUAGGAGUGUCUUCUGGCCAUCGUCGGGCUUGCUCGCUGCUUGCCUCGGCGAGACAUGGAGAAGCCUGUGUCACGGCGAUCUUGGGGACACGACGGUGCAGGAUAGGGGGCAACUUUGGCUGUUUGAGACCUGGAAAUGCAGUGACAUUGAGACUCACAGGACUGAGCCCCCCCCAUGUUGUCAGCAGUAGUCACUCCUUCCACACUAGCUGCUCCUCAGCUAACAAACAGGACUUGUAUGAUGUUCUGGGGGUGCCUCGCACAGCCACUCAGAAAGAGAUCAAGAAAGCCUACUAUCAGAUGGCUAAGAAGUACCACCCAGACACCAACCAGGAUGACCCUCAGGCCAAGGAGAAGUUUGCCAAGCUGGCAGAAGCCUACGAGGUGCUGAGUGACGAGGUCAAGAGGAAGCAGUAUGACACGUACGGGGCGGCAGGCUUCGACCCCAGCCAGGCGGGAGGGGGGGCGGGGGGCCAGCAGUACGGGAGGGCCGGGGGGGCCAGCGUCGACCCAGAGGAAAUGUUCAGGAAGAUCUUCGGGGAGUUCACAGGAGCACAGGGUUUCGGAGACUUCAACAGCAUGUUUGAACAGAGGCCAGAGUUUGUGAUGGAGCUGACGUUCACCCAGGCAGCUAAGGGAGUGAACAAGGAGAUGACAGUGAACCUGGACGAUGCGUGUCAGAGAUGUGACGGUAAAGGUAGCGAGCCAGGAACCAAGGUCCAGCACUGUCACUACUGUAACGGCACCGGCAUGGAGUCUAUAAACACCGGUCCCUUCAUGAUGCGCUCUACGUGUCGACGCUGUGGUGGGCGGGGCUCCAUCAUGACCACGCCCUGCGUGAUGUGUCGCGGCUCGGGACAGACCAAACAGAGACAGACCGUCACCGUGCCUGUACCCGCAGGAGUAGACAAUGGACAGACUGUACGAAUGCCAGUGGGGAAGAAGGAAAUCCACAUCACAUUUAGAGUCCAGAGGAGUCCAGUGUUCAGACGUGAUGGGAUCAACAUCCACUCUGAUGUCCACAUCUCUGUAGCCCAGGCUAUUCUGGGGGGCUCUGCCCGGGCACAGGGACUCUACAACACCAUAGAUAUACAGAUCCCUCCAGGUUGCCAGGCCGACCAGAAGAUCCGCCUGCAGGGAAAGGGGAUCCAGAGGAUGAACAGCUACAGUUAUGGAGAUCACUACGUUCACAUCAAGAUCAGAGUACCUAAGAAGUUAACCCGUCGACAGCGCUCCCUGCUCCUGAGUUACGCAGAGGAAGAGACUGACGUGGAGGGGACUGUCAACGGACUCACUGCUACUACCACAGGUGGGGGCAGGAGUGGUCAGCGCUCUGAGUUUGGGGCAGGACAGGGCAGAACAGACGGGCAGGAGAAGAAAGAAGAAGAGGCGGAAGGCAUCCUUUCCAAAAUAAAGAAAAUCUUUAGCUGACAGCCACACCUCAGGUAAGAGAUCAACAGGACAAUAAUGGGAGAAGGUAAGCGACUGGCACUCCGUCCCGCUCUCUACCCUCCCUCACCUACCGCCUGGACAGAGGGAGAGAAAGAGGGAGGUAGAGAAAUUGAGAGGGGUUUGGAUUUGUUGUAAGAACAUCCAUUUAGACACGGAACGGGCCACCAAGAAAGCCAAGCCCUGCCACACACUGUUUAGUCCCAAAUGACACAGGUGUUGGGUUGAGAAACUAAAAACUUGUUUUACCUGGAAGGGAUUCAAAAUGGACGUCAACAAGGAGUACAGGAGAAGAUUUGCAAAGAGAAGCGAGGAGAAGAAGCGAAGACGAUAAUUUGAGCAAGCUUUUCACAAUGAGUGUGUUUCAGAUACACAAAUUCUGCACAGAUGAUCAGGACCUGUAUUCAGAGUAGGAGUGCUGAUCUAGGAUCAGUUCCCCCUUGUCCAUUCAUUUUAAUCUGAGGCAAAACUGAUCCCAGAUCAGCAUUCCUACUAUGAGACGCUUUAUGAAUAUGGGCCCUGAUCUUACAAUGUCUGGUCUGGAGAAGUGUCUUAGCACCUCAGGAACCACAUCCAUAAGAGAGUGUUUGUAUAAUUUGUGCAGAAUGUAUCUAGAACACACCCAUUGGCAUCAUGUUGUGGUCUGAUGAAGGCUGAUGUAUUUAGAACACACCCAUUGGCAUCAUGUUGUGGUCUGAUGUAUCUAGAACACACCCAUUGGCAUCAUGUUGUGAUCUGAUGAAGGCUGAUGUAUUUAGAACACACCCAUUGGCAUCAUGUUGUGGUCUGAUGAAGGCUGAUGUAUCUAGAACACACCCAUUGGCAUCAUGUUGUGGCCUGAUGAAGGCUGAUGUAGUCAGAACACACCCAUUGGCACCAUGUUGUGAUCUGAUGUAUCUAGAACACACCCAUUGGCACCAUGUUGUGAUCUGAUGAAGGCUGAAGUAUCUUGAACACACCCAUUGGCACCAUGUUGUGGUCUGAUGUAUCUAGAACACACCCAUUGGCAUCAUGUUGUGAUCUGAUGAAGGCUGAUGUAUCUAGAACACACCCAUUGGCAUCAUGUUGUGGUCUGAUGAAGGCUGAUGUAUCUAGAACACACCCAUUGGCAUCAUGUUGUGGUCUGAUGAAGGCUGAUGUAUCUAGAACACACCCAUUGGCAUCAUGUUGUGGUCUGAUGAAGGCUGAUGUAUCUAGAACACACCCAUUGGCACCAUGUUGUGGUCUGAUGAAGGCUGAUGUAUCUAGAACACACCCAUUGGCACCAUGUUGUGAUCUGAUGAAGGCUGAUGUAUCUUGAACACACCCAUUGGCAUCAUGUUGUGAUCUGAUGAAGACUGAUUUAUUCAGAACACACCCAUUGGCAUCAUGUUGUGGUCUGAUGAAGGCUGAUGUAUCUUGAACACACCCAUUGGCAUCAUGUUGUGAUCUGAUGAAGGCUGAUGUAUCUAGAACACACCCAUUGGCACCAUGUUGUGGUCUGAUGAAGGCUGAUGUAUCUAGAACACACCCAUUGGCAUCAUGUUGUGGUCUGAUGAAGGCUGAUGUAUCUAGAACACACCCAUUGGCAUCAUGUUGUGGUCUGAUGAAGGCUGAUGUAUUUAGUUGUAUUGUCAUUGUGGUGUUGUAUGUGUAAGGGGCAACACAGCUAUGCAAGACUUCGUUAAUAAAGUAUUGAAACACAACUUCAUCAAUACAUUAAAAUGCUGCAUUG